AUGUUGUCCGACCUACAGACGGUUAUGGAUAACUACUACGAGUUGAACGACCCGUCCCAGCGGCGGAACUCGGUAGAUAUGGUCGUGAACUAUCUUGCGGACCGAAAGCUUGACGAUGUUCGUGGCAAUCUGGACGCCGCGCUAGGAUUACUGGCAUGGUGCGAACAGGAAACCGUCCGAUGGGAAGAAGGAUUCGUCGAGGCUUUCGUACAUACCGUCGGUAUGAUGACCGAAGACACGAUCCAUUCAGCAGCAUUCAAGCAAAUCUCGCCUGUUACUCGGCACAAUCUCGUAAAUGCAUACAACUCCCUCCAGCUCCGCGUGCUGAGUGCCGAAGAACAGCUCACAAAUUUCGAUUUCACUGACAUGUACACGAACUUACUAGGAACCCAAUCUGCAGGGCAUGUCUCGAAAGACCAUCCCGCCCUGCUUGCGUUCCGGAACUUCCAAUUCUUUCUCUGGCAGUUCUACCAACGCACGUAUGGGGAAUGGCCUCCUCCCCCAUCAAGCGCAAAUCGGCCGAGGGGCAACUCUGGGAUCACGCAAAACAAUCCUGAUGGCCGAGCGAGCUGGUUGUCCAGGACCAUUGCCCUGCGAUUACAAGAAGAUUUCGGCGCCAUGUAUGACUAUCUCGUGGAUCGCAAUGCGGCGUGGGACGCGGACGAAAUGCGCCCGUCCCGUAAAUGGCAGAUCGUUUCAACAAAGCCACGGUCAGGGUCAUUCGAUGCUGAUGUUGGCGGCUUCCCAUUCACGGAUAUGGUCGUGUCCUGGGACCUACGCAAAGAUUACCUCCAUAUCCCCCAUCCACUCCCAUUACUCCCGGUGUCACGGGCCUCGCUGCAUGGCGAGACUGGAUUGAAUGGGAAUGAAAAGAAAGGGGCAAAGAACAAGUUCUUGGGUUCGUUCGGAGGGUUUAAGAAGGGGAAAGCAGUAACGGUGAAGGAUCCAAAGGAACAGUUCCAGAUAAGUUUGGCGUUCAAUGGAGCGACCAAUAUCAACAGGUUGGGAACGACUUUUGAAGAAAACACCUUGCUUGACUCUCUGUCAUCGUUCGAAAAGUCGCCUCAGAACGGAAACCUUCCUCCAGGCGAAGCUCGUCUCGGCCGUUGGCUUCUUCUAUACGGCAUCUUGCAAGUCCUGUCCACCAUCUCCGUCGAUGUCUCACCACUACGAUAUACCCAAGGCGUCUCCUACUUCCUCAGCCCGCCCCUCACUGGCUGCCCGCCCUGG